AAACAUGAAACGCGCAGAAUGAGUAAGCGCCCGGGAAACAGUGUUCACCCAAUGCUUCCGCCCAGUUCUCUACUUUCCUUGAAACUAUAGUUCUUGGCGCGCGGAACCCUGGCUCGUGAAUCGCCAGCCGACGCUUGGCAAAUUCCAAACUGAAAAUGGGAGACGGAAGUAAUCAAAGUUGAUACACAACCUGGAUGCCUAAAUACACGGGGUCAACUUAUGGAUAGGACAACUUUUAACUGACCUAGGCUAUUGGGUGUAAAGGUUUAUAAGGAAUUCAUGAUAUAUUGGAUUUUUUGACGGCUACAGUCGUGAGUAUCUGUCAGAGGGAGAGAUGGAAGCUGACGGUCCAGAGGGAAAGUCUGGUGCUACUCAACCCCAGCCUACAGUGGACUGUGAUGUCACAGCAGUGCUGGACUCAGACCCGCCCACUGUGGAUUGUGAUGUCACAGCAUUACCAACCUCAGACCCACACACUCUGGAUUGUGAUGUCACUGUAGUCCAAAACUCAGACCUGCACAGAGCUGAUUGUGGUGUCACUGCGGUGCCGAUCUCAGGCCCGCCCACUGUUGAUCGUGACCUAGCUGUGGGCGAAGGCGUUGACCUGUCCGGCGUCGGUGAGGAUGUUGCCGUGGGGAACGCCGGGGGUACCCCGCAUGCAGACGUCCUCCGGAGGUUCGAAAAGCAGCCCCCCGAGAAACUGUGCGGGUACCUGCACAAGCUGGGCGGCCCCCUGAAGGGGUGGAAGUCUCGCUGGUUUGUGUACGAGGAGAGGAGCUGCCAGCUGCUGUAUUACAGGAUGGCCCAGGAUGCCAGCCCUCUGGGUCACAUCCAGCUGACCAAUGCCACGUUCGACUGUCCCCUUCAGGCCGACGAGGGCACCUUCCACAUACAGACCCCCCAGAGAACCUUCGUCCUCAAGGCUGUGAAUCGGGAGGCUAUGAUUUACUGGCUGCAGCAGCUGCAGCUGCGGCGAUGGCGGCACAGGGAGGCCACAGGGCAGACUGCGCAGGUCUGCGCAGGCGCAGACAGGAAGGGCUCCUCAGACGGCCUGAACUUCUGCUCAGUUGACUUCCUGCCCAUUAUGAAACCCCCCGCUGGGCUGGUGGGAGAAGAGGCUGCCCAGCAACCAGCGCCACGGCAACAAGCCGCCCUCUGUAACGUCUCAUUCAAGCACCCUUUCACAGAGAUACAGAACUCAGUUCGCAGUUUGCGGUUGAACCGCGUCCCCCAGGAGCCGAGCCGGAGCGUGUUCCACUAUGACCUGUCACAGGAGACCACGCCCACUGACCCAGAGAGCCCCGCCCCCAAGACCCAAGGGACUCAGAAUGCUACUGUGACCUCCAGCUUGCUGCCGGCCCCUCAGCGUGAGGACUCAGACGAGGUCAGGAGGUCGCGGAGCCCCUCCCCAAACCUGCAGACCAGGAAGAACAGGACGGGAACCUCAGCAUCCCUGCCUUCUGACUGGACCCAGAACAGGAUGUCCCAGCUCAGACAGGACGUGCACACGCUGUCUGAGGAACUCAGAAUCCAGAAAGAGCUGGUGAGGCUGCUGCACCAGGCCCUGGAGGAGGCGCAGAGGGAGAAGAGGAGGAGCUCGCAUCUGGUGUCGGAGGAGAAGGGAGAAGAGGGGGAGGAGAAGGGGGAGGAGGCGCGGGUCAGUGAGUGGCAGGUGGUCAAGCUGACGGCUGAGCUGCAGACGCUGCGCAGCCGGCAGGGGGCGCUGGAGCGCACGCUGGCAGAGAGGGACGGGCAGGUGGUCGAGCUGCAGCAGCACGUGGAGCUGAUGGUGGAGAAGAACCGGGCCAAGCAGGAGGUGGUGCUGCAGCUCUCUGAGCAGGUGGAGGCCUGCCUGGCCGACCCGCUCCGGCCCGUAACCAACAACAUGGAGACCACCACCUUCCGCCAGCUGCAGGAGGAGAUACACCAGCUCCGGGAUGACAUCGCGGCUUACAAGACCCAGAACCAGUUCCUGAACUCUGAGAUCUACCAGCUGACUCAGCUUUGGAGGAAGAGCUCGGAGCAGGAGAAGAACUUGAUGAUGAAGUGCGCCUACCUGGAGUCGCGGAACUUCCAGAAGGAGCGGCGGUACUUGGGGUUGCUGCGGGCCCUGCAGGAGAGCCACCAGCUGGACAGCAGCCAGCAGGAGGAGGUGGACAAACUGAUAGAGGAGGCUCUGCUCGGAGACAUCAAGGACAGGCUCAGACUGAACCCCAUCAGGGAGUAUGACAGCUACGGCUUCAAGCUGGUGCCGGACUUUGACGUGGAGGACGUGAAGCUGCUGGCCAAGAUCCAGGCCCUGGACUUCCCGUCCCACAACCUCCUGCGGCGGGAGGAUUCGGGGGGGUGCGGGCCGCUGGGGGCCCGCUGGGCGCAGUACCUGAGCGGCUGCCCCGCGGGCGACCUGGCCCCCUCCCCGGAGCUGAAGGCCCUGCUGCGGGCCGGCGUGCCGGUGGAGCACCGCCGCCGGGCGUGGCAGUGGCUGGUGCGCGAGCGCACGUGCUCGCUGAGGGACCGCCACCCGCAGCGCUACCGCGACAUGCUGGAGAAGAGCCGGGCCACGCCCCACCCUGCCUCCCGCCAGAUCCAGCUGGACCUCCACCGCACCCUCAUCGGCAACCAGCACUUCUCCUCGCCCUCCGACCCCGCCGUGCAGCAGCUCCACCGCGUCCUGCUGGCCUUCUCCUGGCAAAACCCCGCCAUCGGCUACUGCCAGGGACUCAACAGGCUCGCUGCCCUCGCCCUGUUGGUGCUGCAGGAUGAGGAGGAGGCUUUCUGGUGUCUGGUGGCUGUGGUUGAGACCGUCUUGCCUCAGGAUUACUACGGCAAGACCCUCGCUGGCUCCCAGGCAGACCAGCGGGUGCUGAAGGACCUGAUGGUGGAGAAGCUGCCACGCCUCACUGCUCACCUGGAGGAGCUGGAGGUGGACGUGUCCCUCAUCACCUUCAACUGGUUCCUGGUGGUCUUCAUAGAGAGCCUGACUACCAAUAUACUGCUGCGGAUCUGGGAUGCUUUCCUGUAUGAGGGCACCAAGAUUCUGUUCCGGUACGCAUUGGCCCUCUUAAAGUACAGAGAGGAGGACAUUCUGAAAAUCCAGAACAAGGUGGAGAUGUACCAGUACCUCCGAUUCUUCACCAAAACCAUCACCGACAGCAGGAGGCUGAUGAGCAUUGCGUUCAGCAGCAUGAACCCGCUCCCCAUAAGGCUGCUGAGGGGCCGGCGGGCGCUGCACCUGGAGAAGAUCCGGACGGAGCUGAGCGAGCUGGAGCGGAUCCAGAGAGAGUAUGUGGCCCAGAAUGCCGAGCGCAAGGACAAGGACCUGUACGCCAUGGCCAGCGAGGACGAGGCCGAGGGGUAGCCGGGGCGGGGGCGUGGA